AUGUGUAAAGCAAGCUUUGAACAUGGAGUUGCCCAGCGCAUCACGCAUCACGCAUCUUCUCAGCUCGUCGACCCCUUCUCCGUGUCGACUUCUUCACUGGGAGCUUGCCCCAUUAUAUUCGAGACAAUCCGCACAUAUUUUCCACUUGCAAUGGACUACAAUCAACCACCAGCAAACUCAUCAGCUGAUACCACAAGCAAAAGCAUACCACCAAUCGCCCUUUGCAACUUCCGAACCUCCGAUGGAUGGAAGAUCUCUACCCCGUACAAGAUCCACCCUGAAUGCGGAGUGACCGUACGUCAACCUUCCAACCGUGCCUCACGAACCCUGGUCCGUGUCCCGACUCCCCAAUGUCCUAGCUACGCGCGAAAGCACGCCUCAUGUGUCGCACAAGAACGUGCCGUGUUUGCAUAUGCCGCAACCGUUUAUGCUCCUGCUCCCGUGUCUAACACAUGUACCCCCCAACCGGAAAGCCAGGAAUCUGAAAUCCAUGCCGCGAGCACCGCGUUCCUAGGACGCGAGACUUGUGUGGAAAUGAAAAUGUUGGCUUGCGCAGAGGUUUGCCAGCCCGGUAUGGAGAGUAGACAACCCCAACCCCCAACCCCGGCGCGCCUGUCCCAGUACCGGUACUCGCAGGAUUCCAGCCAAGCGUCAGCACGACGACGAAUACAACAGAUUACUGAUAUUGACUGGACGCCUGUUGGUCGCGCGGGGCUGGUGAUGGAUGAAUCUAGGUCAGAGGUUGUGGUGUAUGGUGCCAACGUACCCAGGGUACAAGUACGUAGGGAUGAUGGCGUGGUUUUGUUUCCAGACCUGCGGGUUUGGGUUGCGUGA